GCCAAACCUAUUUUAUUUUCAGGUAUGUCAGAACACAGCAGUGAAUCCACAACACUUGAUGAGUCUCAUCCAGCUGCAGAAGAGGUCCAGUCUGACUCUGAGGAAGGUGCAAUGGCUCAAGAGUCUCCCAAAAAUUCAGCAGCAGAAAUUCCUGUGACUAGCAAUGGACAGCUAGAAGAUUCUCAUGAGCACAGCUUUAACAGGGACUUGAAACGUUCAUUACCAGUUGGACUUGGACUUUCUGAAACCAAAAUAACAUCUCAUGGCUUUGACAGCACCAAAGAGGGAGUCAUUGAGGCAGGACCAUUUCCAGGUAAAGGUUCCUCAGCAUCACCCAAAUCAUCUGUUAUAUCUCCUAGCAGUGCAGCAGCUAGCAGACUGGCUGGACAAGGUUGUGAUUUAAUUAUUCCCACAGGGGGCAGAGCUCAGCAGAAAAGUGGACCUGUUGUUUUAGCAGAUGAAGUAAAGAAUCCAGCAAUGGAAAAAUUGGAAUUGGUGAGAAAGUGGAGCCUAAACACUUACAAGUGUACACGUCAGAUCAUCUCUGAAAAAUUGGGUCGUGGCUCAAGAACAGUAGAUCUGGAACUAGAAGCUCAAAUAGAUAUAUUGAGAGAUAACAAAAAAAAAUACGAAAAUAUCUUGAGACUGGCACAGACGCUAUCCACACAACUCUUCCAGAUGGUACAUACCCAAAGGCAACUUGGAGAUGCAUUUGCUGACCUGAGUUUGAAAUCAUUGGAACUUCAUGAGGAGUUUGGCUACAAUGCAGAUACGCAGAAACUUCUAGCUAAAAAUGGAGAAACUCUUCUUGGGGCUAUUAACUUUUUUAUUGCCAGUGUGAAUACAUUGGUGAAUAAAACAAUUGAAGAUACAUUAUUGACUGUGAAACAGUAUGAAAGUGCCAGGAUUGAAUAUGAUGCCUAUCGAACAGACCUAGAAGAGCUGAAUCUUGGCCCUCGUGAUGCAAACACUCUGCCAAAGAUUGAGCAAUCACAACAACUGUUUCAAGUGCAUAAAGAGAAAUACGACAAAAUGCGUAAUGAUGUAUCUAUUAAAUUGAAAUUUUUGGAAGAAAAUAAGGUUAAGGUAUUGCACAAUCAGCUCGUUCUGUUCCACAAUGCCAUUGCGGCAUACUUUGCUGGGAAUCAGAAGCAGCUUGAACAGACACUUAAACAGUUCCACAUCAAAUUGAAAACUCCUGGAGCAGAUGCCCCAUCCUGGCUUGAAGAACAGUAAUCGGAUCAGAGAAGAGGACCCAAUGCUAACCUAAAAAAUCUUUAAAUCUGAUAAUUAAGGGUUGGGGUUGAAGGACUGUUAUAGUGAUUCUUGCACAGACAGCUUUAAUUUUUUUUCCCCCUUUUAUAAUACUGUAAAACUGAAUUUGUUGGGAAAGUGGGUGACUGUAAGGUAACCAAACAUAAUUUCUGUCAUUUCAAAUAUAGAGCACUCCUUUUAUAUUUAAAGGUUGGUGGUUAUUUCUAAAACUGGGAUGGGAGGCAGGAAGGGAGGGAGGGAGGGGGAAACAAAACUAUUAUAGACUUGCACUGACAAAUGUUGGGUUUGAUUUCUGGUCAUUUUGGUGGCUAGUCAAAAUAUUUCCAAGUGGAGGUUUACAUGAUUUGUACUGACAUCUGGUAUUUUAUAGACAAAUACAGAAAACAUCUUUAGUAAUUUUCAUAUGACUUUUAAAAAGGAGAGAGUUAAAAGAAUAUUUUGCAGAUUAAGAAUAUUAGGCCUAUGUGUGAUAUCUACAUAUAAGACAACAAUAGCAGAUGGCUCAUUGGCUAGUGGAAUUGCAGUAAAUGCCUCUUAAAAGGAUGUACCUUUCCAUCACAGGUUAAAAAAAAA